CAAAAUUACUCUUCUCUCCUGAACAUACGAAGGCAAAGCGAGAAAUUUUUAACUUUUUUAAUUUUUUUGGGACUGAGAGAGAGUCUUGUUUGGGAGCACGAAAUUGUUCGCCGGAAAAACGCAGUUCUUAAACUCGGAGGAAAUCGGCGAUUCUUCCGCUUUUUUUUGUCUUCAGACUCUCCCUCUACUUUCUCCUCCUCCGCCUCAUCAUCAUCAUUGGGUAUAUAGACUCCUUAAUAAUAUAGCAGCAGUUCAUUCCUCAACGGAGAGUUGGGGCUUCUUCAAAGAAGUGGGGUUAUAAGAAGAAAUGGGUUGCCAUCAGAAUCCGUGCAACCAUCCCCUGGUCAUAAAAAGGUGGUUCAUUUAAGUCAGUUCAGACUUCAGAACAUGAUGGCAAACCGUCCUACUCGGACACGGGGACUAACGCUUCAACAUCAGCAGCAACAGUCAAGGGCUAGGUGGACAACACAUCUUACUGAAAUACUUGUAAACUUAAUGGUGGAUCAAGUACACAAAGGGAACAGAAAAAAUCAUAAUUUUGGCAAGAAAGCAUGGAAGUAUAUGUGUGAUGAGUUCCAUAAGAGAACAGGUCUGAAAUGGGACAAGGAACAACUGAAGAACCGAGGCGCAGUUUUGAGGAGGAUCUAUGUUACAGUUACUUCACUUCUUGAUCGAAGUGACUUCAGUUGGGAUGAAUCCACAGGGGCUAUUGUAGCCAGUGAUGAAGUGUGGGCUGAAUAUGUCAAGGAACAUCCUGAUUCCGAGACUUUAAAAGUCAGUGGCUGCCCAAUUUAUAAAGAGCUGUGCACUAUAUUUUCAGAACCACCAACAAACGGGAAACAUGACCAUCCAGCUGAACAUGAGGGUGGGGAUCCAAAUUCUCGUCCACCGGAGCAAGAAGUGUCCUCAUCAGAUUCUGAGGAAGCAAAUGACGCCAUCAAUGAUCAAGAAACAAUUCAACCUAGUACACCUAGCACUACUGGCAUCCGUAAAAGAGGGCGCAAGGGUAUUGAUGAUGCUAUUGCAGGAGCUAUAUUGGAGAUGGCAGCUGCAUCAAAGCUAAGGACAGCUGCUACACAGCAACAUAAUGCUAGAUACACCAUAGCUAAUUGUAUUGCAGAAUUGGAUAAGAUGCAAGGUGUUGAUGAGCAAGUCUAUUUUGCUGCGCUUGAUCUGUUCAACAAACCUAUUGCAAGGGAGGUGUUCUUGUCUCUCAAAGGUGAAAAACGCUUGAUUUGGUUGCUUAGGAAGUGCACAUCAGACCCCGUUCACUAGAUUGAUUGAUAAAACUUUCAUGUAGUUUUGAUCUUUAUCUAAUCUGUGUUGUGUGAAUAUUGGCUUUGUAUAUAUAUUCAGCAGCCUGGUUUUACUUUUAACCCAUUUCGUCAAACUUCUGGUUCGUAAGUGUGUUUACAUUCCGAAUCUCAGGUAUGCAAAAUUUUUUCUGUAAUACACAAGAACUGUAAAGAAACAUGAGGUCCAAAUAUAAUCCCUUCAAUUCUAGACUUA